CAAACAUGUUGCAUGCAACUCUCACUUGGAUUGAAUUAUCAAAGCCAACAUAUUGUUGAUCAACAGUCUUUUAACCAAUCAACAUCAUCAUGAAUAUGAGCAACUAACUAGAUAGGAUCUUCUCUAAAAGGGUUUAAUUUCAACUCCAUCAACUUUCUAUAACCUAGAGUAACUCAUAAAUAGAAAAUAAGCUUAACUCGGCUAAUAACUCUUAAUAGAAGUAGAAUAGUCACCAUCUAGCCAAAACAACUUGUUGCGUUGUAAUUAAGUUAAAAGAAAAAAAAUUUGAUAAAAAAAAGAGAUGAAAGAAGCAAAAGUGGUGGAAAGAGACGAGCCAUGGCGAGUAAAGAGAAAAAGAGUGAAAAGUUGAUGGUGCGAGUUCAUUAGAGAUAGAGGAAGAGGUGAAUUAACAAAGAGUUAAAUUAAAAAAAUAAAUAAAAAGAAAAAAUGAUUUAGACAAAGAAGAUAAAAAUAAAAAAAAUAAAACUUUACAAAUAAGAAAAAAUCUAAAGAAGGAAGACAAAAAAAUAAGGUUUAAAGGAAAAAAAAAAACGUUUAUUUUAAAAGUAUAAGUGCUUAAUAGAUAAAUUUUAAAGUUAAAGGAGUUGGCUGACUAAUUUGUUCGAGUAUAGGUGUCUGGAGAUGUAAAGAAUCAUAACAGAGUUUGCAUGUGACAAAACACAUCAACGUUAUAUACAAACACCCGCGGCAUACGCCGGCUCUUCUUGUCUUCUUCUUCUUCUUCUCUCUCUCUCUCUCUCUCUCUACUAAUCUUUCUUUUCUUGAUUUUUCAGGUCACUUAUAAUAUAACUCCAUUCUUUAUUACCUUUCUUUCUUUUGCUUUAAAAGUACUAAUAACUAUUCAAGAAUCAGAUCUUUACCCUUUUUUUUUUUUUGCCUCCAAACUUUUCAAAUUUGGUCAGUUUUUACUGUCCAGUACUCAUAAUUUAACAUAGCCCAUUCUUGAUUAUCUUUCUUUCUGCUGCUUAAUACUUAUAACCGAUUCUUGAUUAUAUCUUCUUAUAUAACUUAAAUUGUUUUGUUUUUCUUUCUUUGGAAGCACCCCUUGAUAAAUAAUUCAAGAAUCAGAUCUUUCAUCCUUGCCAGCGAGCUCCGGUGGACGACGGAGGGAAGAGAAGAAUAUGGUGGUUACUUGGUUUCUCGUUCUUGCUUUAGCAUCAUCAUCCUCAUGGACAAAAGCAGAACCUCUUGUUCUCAAUGACACAGCAGCACUUCUUGAUUUCAGGAAAUCAGUCUCUAGGGACCCUUCUAAUCUUCUUGCUGGUUGGACACCAAAUAGUGAUUACUGUAGCUGGUAUGGAGUUACUUGUAAUGAAGUUUCUAAGAGAGUUGUUGCUUUGAACUUUACCUCCAGAAGUUUGACCUCAUUUCUUGCCGGAACUUUGCCGGAUUCUGUUGGAAACUUGACUGAGUUGAGAGCUUUGGUAAUUCCUCAGAAUGCUUUUUCUGGUGACAUUCCAGUUACCAUUGGGAAUCUUCGGUUCUUAGAGGUUUUGGAGCUUCAAGGGAAUAAUUUUUCUGGGAAAAUUCCUGAUCAGAUAAGCAAUCUUGAGUCUCUUUCUUUGCUUAAUUUAUCGUUUAAUUCGUUUACUGGUGAAAUUCCUGAUAGUUUAAUUGGUUAUGGGAAGUUGAAAGUUAUAGAUUUAUCUAAUAAUCAGCUCACGGGUGGAAUUAAAGUUGAUAACUCUAGUCAAUGUUCUUUCUUGAGACAUUUGAAGUUGUCUAAUAAUUUCUUGAAAGAGAGUAUUCCUAAGGAGAUUGGUAAAUGCAAGUAUUUGAGAACUUUGUUGCUUGAUGGGAAUAUUUUACAGGGUCCGCUUCCAGCUGAGAUUGGUCAGAUUUCUGAGCUUCGUAUCUUAGAUGUUUCCACAAAUUCUUUCUCUGAAAAGAUUCCAAAGGAGCUUGCAAAUUGUAGAAAAUUGUCUGUUUUUGUAUUAACUAAUUCAAGCAAUUUUGUUGGUAAUAUAAAUGGUGACUUGAGUGAUCGUAGUAGAUUGGAUUUCAAUGCUUUUGAGGGAGGUAUUCCUUUUGAGGUCUUGAUGCUCCCCAGUUUACAGAUUUUGUGGGCACCUAGAGCAAAUCUUGGCGGAAGGUUGCCCAGCAGCUGGGGUGAUUUGUGCUCACUUAGAGUAGUGCAUUUAGGCUUCAACUUUUUCAAAGGUGUAGUGCCAAAAGGUUUGGGAAUGUGUAAGAACCUUACUUUCUUGGAUUUGAGUUCUAAUUAUUUGGUGGGUUACCUUCCUAUGCAGCUGCAAGUUCCAUGUAUGGUGUAUUUCAAUGUUAGUCAAAAUAAUAUGUCCAGGGCUCUUCCAAGUUUUCAGAAAGGCAGUUGUGAUGCUAGUAUGAUCCUUUUUGGUCAAGAUCACAGUUUUCUGGACAUGGAGGAUGUACGGAUUGCAUUCUCUAGCAUUCCUGUCUGGGGUCCUCAGAUGGUUACCUCUUUAGGGUCAAUGGGAGAGGAAGACUUUGUUAUUGUCCAUGAUUUUAGUUGGAAUCAAUUUGUUGGUUCAUUGCCUUUGUUCUCAGUAGGAGAUGAAUUCUUGGCCACUAAGAAUAAACCUACAUACAGGUUGUUGUUGAAUGAAAAUAUGUUCAAUGGUUCUCUCCCUAGUGAAUUAGUCUCAAAUUGUAAUCAUCUGCAGAGCUUCUCUGUGAAUCUGAGUGCAAACUAUAUGUCAGGUAAGAUUCCUGAGUCGUUGCUUGUCAGUUGUCCACAGAUGAUACAGUUUGAAGCAGCAUACAAUCAGAUUGGAGGUUCACUCCCUCCCAGCAUUGGCAACUUGAUGAUGCUUCAAUAUUUUGAUAUAAGGGGAAACACAUUGUCAGGAUCUCUGCCUAAUCAGUUAGGGAAUUUGACACUUUUAAAAUCACUUCUUCUUGGAAUGAACAAUGUAUUAGGAAAUAUUCCAUCUCAACUGGAUCAAUUGACUUCUCUUGUAGUUCUAGAUCUGUCUCACAAUGCUGUUACAGGAUCUAUCCCAGCAAGUUUGCCAAAUGCCAAAAAUCUUGAAGUAGUGUUACUUAAUAAUAACAGGCUUUCUGGCGAGAUACCUUCAUCUUUCUCAACCCUUACCAAUCUCACUGUAUUCGAUGUUUCUUUUAAUAAUCUCUCUGGUCAUUUACCCCAAUUUCAACACCUGAGUAGCUGUGAUUGGUUUAGAGGGAACACCUUCCUGGAACCUUGUCCAUCCUCUAAGUCAUCAACUGAUUCAAAUGGAGAUGGAAAAUGGCAUCGUCACAGAAAUGAGAAGCCUUUGAUACUUGCACUGUCAGUAUCUGCUUUCGCCGUAUUUUGUUUAUUCUUGGUGGGAGUUGUCAUUUUUAUUCAUUGGAAGAGAAAGCUUAAUAGACUCUCCAGCUUAAGAGGCAAGGUAGUAGUGACUUUUGCAGAUGCUCCAGCUGAACUGAGCUACGAUGCUGUGGUCAGAGCUACUGGGCAUUUCAGCAUUAGAAACCUGAUUGGGACUGGCGGUUUCGGGUCAACUUACAAAGCAGAACUGGCACCGGGUUACUUUGUAGCAGUAAAGAGGCUCUCCUUAGGCAGAUUUCAAGGCAUUCAACAGUUUGAUGCGGAGAUAAGAACUUUGGGCAGAAUUAGACAUAAGAAACUUGUGACAUUAAUUGGUUAUUAUGUGGGAGACUCUGAAAUGUUCUUAAUUUACAAUUAUCUUUCUGGUGGAAACCUUGAAACCUUCAUUCAUGAAAGGUCAAUCAAGAAGGUACAGUGGUCAGUGAUUUAUAAAAUAGCUCUUGAUAUAGCUCAAGCUUUAGCUUACCUCCACUACUCUUGUGUACCACGCAUACUUCAUCGGGACAUUAAGCCUAGUAAUAUCCUGCUAGAUGAGGAGCUUAAUGCCUACCUAUCAGACUUUGGUUUGGCUAGGCUUUUAGAAGUUUCUCAGACCCAUGCCACAACAGACGUUGCAGGUACAUUUGGUUAUGUUGCACCAGAAUAUGCAACCACAUGCAGGGUAUCUGACAAGUCAGAUGUUUAUAGCUUCGGGGUAGUUCUGUUAGAGCUGAUGUCAGGGAAGAAAUCUCUUGAUCCAUCAUUUUCUGAUUAUGGGAAUGGCUUCAAUAUUGUUGCUUGGGCCAAAUUGUUGAUCAAGGAGGGACGAUCUCCAGAGCUAUUCUCUGUAAAACUGUGGGAAUCAGGGCCUAAGGAAAAUCUAUUGGGAAUGCUAAAGCUUGCUGCAUCCUGCACUGUAGAGUCUCUCUCUGUGCGGCCAUCAAUGAAGCAGGUCCUUGAGAAACUGAAACAAUUGAAAUUGUGAAAGCAUCUAUUUUGCAAAGGUUGGUCAAGAGAAAUUAGGUAUAACCAGGCAGAAAGAGUUUCUUAUCCACGAAUAUUGGGAAGUAGACUUGUUUGGACAGUGAAGCUGCUUAUGUUUGCGGGCUAUUCUAUAUCUUGAGAUGUGCUCUCUCAAGCUCCAGUUACUUGAAAUCAUGGUUGGACAAUAACCACCGACACUAAAGUUGGAUAAGAAUGCAUCCACAGCUUAUUGAGGCAGUGAAGGAUACUCGAUCAUGAUUGUACUUCACAUACCAUUGGCUUAUUGGACAUUAACUGUCACAAGAUAAAGAACUGGGCAGAAACAGGCAUCAAUACUAUUCUGAUCCUGUUUGCCAUUUGUACAAAGAGUUCUUACGGGAAUUAUUGGUUGUAAGGCAGGAUAGAUAAUGUACAACAUUUUUAGUUCAUCAAUGCAAAUCUUUUUUGUUAUAGUUUGCCUUCAGAAAAAAAAUGUACCCCUCUAAUCCGAUUCAGCUGAACAGGGAAUGCGGUGUCGCUUUCCUUUACAUGUUUGGAAAGAAUAUAAGUGUUCUGUCCAUUUUUUUUGCUUGUA